UGGAUCGAGUUCGACCCAUGCGCGCGCCAGUCCCGCGAGCAGUCCACCCAUGAGGUCGACCGAGCAGUGCUGCGAGCAGUCCACUCUCCGACCGACAAGCUCCACUGGCUCGCGUGGAACAGGACGAGACCCGUCGACCCCCAGAAGCAUCAUGGACCUAGGAUGCCGCGCGGGAACGAGUGCUACAAGUGUUACGACGCCCGCCGCAAAUACUGGUGUUGCAGCAGGGAUAAGCUGCUGGACAUGCGCGGGGCGAAGGAGUCCGAAUGCCAUUUCGCGCAAAAGCGGCGCGGAGUCGCCCAGAAGGAAGCGGGGGAAAACCUCAAGGCGAAGCAGACGACCACAGCGCAGAAGGUGAAGGAGACAUUCGGCGAGGACUUCGUCGAAGGGACGUUCGCUCCCCUCGAGAGGUUCGCCCGGUUGCGCAACAUCCAGGGCGCGGACUCGACCGGGGAGCUCGCGGCGAUGCUCGGGGACAAGUACCUUCACGUGGAGAUUGUCACUGGCCAAGAUGGCGUCACCCUGGGUGUCGAGACGAUGGGCCGCGACGAGGGUGAGCGCAGGUUCCGACGGGGGAGGGCUCGCAAGGCGACGAUCAACAAAGCUGACGAGUACGACGCCGGCAAGGGGGGCAUGGCCAAGGAGCACUUCGUCAAUCGGGAGGACAAGCUCAUGGCGCAGGCGGCUUUCCCUGGCGCCAGCGCGCACCGUGGCCGCGCGGACCUGGGCGACGGCAGGACGGCGCAGACCAAGAUGCCAUCCCCGAAGACGGGCUCUUCGCAGCAAGACCGCGCCGCCGCGGCGACUCCGACUCCCGCGCCGAAGCAGAGACGCGGCAACCAUACCGGGACGUUCAUCGAUGGGUGCAGGAACGACACCGUGACCCUGCUGUCGGAGCCGCUGGAUGACGCGAGCGCGAAGUUGCUGAAGUCCUGCGGACGCAAGCGGGCGCGGGUCGUUACGGAGUGCGUGCGCACGUUGGCCGCGCGCGUCGCGAAGAACUUGAAGUCCAAGUUCAUGGUGGGCGCGUGGUUCGGGCGCAUGGCGGUUUCGACCGGCGUCGACUUCAUCACCCUCGUGGGGGAUGAGUGCAAGGACACCGCGGCUAUCGUGACCAUCUCCGAGGGGAUCAAUGACAUGUUGAAGUGCACCGGCGCAGACCUUGCACAUUUGCGUCGCCAGCGGCGAAGUGUCGGCUGGAAAGGGCUCGUUCCACCAAGCAUGGGUGGACUUGCAGUGCUUGCGGGCGCAUGGGCUGGCAUUCGCGAGGGGGGAGGGGGGUCGGGUCUCGUUGGCGACCGAGUGGGGCGGGAGGCGAUGGUGGAGUUUUGCAGCCAUUCCGAGAAGCCCUCCGCUCGCACGCAGAACGAGUUCCGCAUCAUCCAGGGUUCAACCUGGCAGCGCGGCAAGGCCGUUGCUGACGCAGCUCAGUUGUUCAAGUCGUCGUGCGCGCCAGAGCAGUCCGAGUGCGCGGUUGAGAAGCUGAACGCCAUCCGGAGGAUGAUCGACAUGGGGAGGUCAGCCACCUCAGGCGGGGCGCUGGUCGAUGCUUGCCACGCCAUGAUCGACCUCAUAGAGACCGACGUCAACGUGAAACGGUUCGGCGAAGUAUUCGGCGAUGCCCCAACCGUGGCCGAUGCGUGCUUGCAAAUGCCGCCGAGCCCAGACACCGCCUCCUGCGUCCUUAGCGCCCCCAACGAGGUGGCACCGAGCUUUGCUUGCGUCGUGCUCGACCUCACCAGGACUUGCUUGGAGCACGAUGACAACUACUUCCAGGCGGCAGUGAAUGCGCUACUGGCUGGCGACGCAGGAGCAGACGUGUUCCCAGCGCCGCCUGGAGAGGCGGCCAGAGAGGGCACGUCCGUCGUCUCGCCGAUGGAGGCGUUGGACUGGCUGGACGGCGCUCUCCAGGUUGCGCGACCCUUCCUUCCCAAUGGCAUGUGGCUGUCGAAGGCAAUAGGGCUGACCCAAGGCUUCAUGGAGCUCUUCAAGCCGACGGACAACUUGCGCGACUUGGCCAUGAACCUCGGCAACGCCACCCAGCGAACAUUACAGGCGGCCGCGCAGAGGAUCGACGACGGCGUCUCGGAGUGCAGGUUCUUGCAAGGUUUCUGCGACAAGGUCGUGGGCGCGCAGUGGAAGAAGUACACCGUCGACCUCAUUCUCGAUGAGAUUCCAAAGCAGGAGGGCGUCAGGGGCCUCGACGUGCUGACGACUCAGCUGUCCAAAUGCGAAAUGUUCCUGUCUCCUGACGCCCAGGGCGUCGCCGAGGUCCUCAGGGCGCGGGGCGUCGCGAAGGAUUUGGCUUCGCGGGCGGGCCAGGGCAAGACGCGCGGGCGCAUCGAGCUGGCGCUCGCCAUCGAUGCCGCGGAGAAGGCGCUGACUGAGGAGCACGGCCCUGCAACUGCGAGCAGGAUUGCGGACUUCAAGAACAGCUACGGCAUCGCGAAGCAGUCCUGGGACGCGAGCCUCAGCGCCCCCCACGGCGACGCGACGCGCGCGAGCGCCUUCGCCAAUAUUUUCUUGGACGACAACAAGCGGGCGGAGGACGCCGUCGAGAAGUGGGAGUUCAACGACGCGCCGAAGCUUCGUGGCGACUCG